GCACCUGGUAUAUUAGAGCGGCGUACCCAAACAACGUGCUGCUGCAGCUCGCUCGGUAAAUGAGCACUCAUGCAGCGACUACUCUUCGAGAGAGGAGCCACGAUUUCUCCUGUUGCAAGAGUCGAAGCUAAGCAAAACAAUUUCAUUUCUUAUUUAUUUUAAAGGAAGUACAAUGUCUCUGUCUUUGGUUCUGCUGCUUCUUCCAGGAAUCCUGUCCACGGAAGUGUGUGUGAACAUUUCAAAUGGAGUUGUGGAGAUGAAGUUACUGGAUCUCGUCGUCACCGAUGAAAGAGAUGAUAAGAUCUUCAACUGCAUGCACAAGGAAGAGCCCUGCUACAUCAACUGCACCAACAUGUUAAAUGGAGUGCAACUGUUUUACAAUAACUCAAAUGCUUGUAGCCCAGUUUGUUCUAAUUGGAACCUCACCGCUAAUUUCAACAUAGGUCCAAAUGUGACUUGCAGAGUAGCUGCUUGCACUAGGAAUCAGUCCGAACUUAUCCUGAAGAGCGUGAACCAGUCAAGGAAUGGGAUGGACCGAAUGGUGGAGAUACACCUAUUACGACUUAUGUGCUCUGACCUAUUUUCAGAAGACCAAGAUCUGCAGAUACUUUUCUUAAAAGUAGAGCUACAAUUAAUCCACCUCAUCAUGAAUAUGAUGAAGGAGCAGGGAAAGUACGUUCCGGGAGUGAUGCACCAAUUGGACCUGAAGUACAUGGCGUUCAACAUCUUCCCCAUUGGUAAUAAAAACCUCACCCGCAAUGAAACCAUCACCGGCAAUGAAAACCCCGACGACAAUCUCAUUAAGGUUUCUCAGCCGGAUAGUGAUCCUUCAGUGUGGUUACCUGAAGACGCUCUGGGAAAAAUCAAGGAAGAUAGGAGGGUUGUCAAUUUGGUGAACUACCAGUCGACACAACAGUUUGAACUCCAUCAAGAGGAGUUUGUUUCCAAGGUGACCAGGAUAGAGUUCCUAGGAAUGCAUUCGCUGUCAAACCUCAAAACCCCAAUAGAAAUUACCUUCGAUAUUCAAAGCAAUAUUUCGGAGGAGGUAGAAUGUCAAUAUAUGGAAGAAGAAGGCUCCAAUUGGAAAAACGAUGGCUGCAGAACUUCUCGGAAUGCUACUGUGGUCACUUGCAAGUGCAACCAUACAACAGCCUUUUCUGUGCUCUUGGUUGCCCCUUCGCCAUCUAUUCCGCCAGAACAUUGGAAAAUUUUGUCCUACAUCAGUUACAUAGGCUGUGGCCUUUCUGCCUUUUGCUCCGCCCUAUCCCUCAUGAUCUAUGUCGUCACAAGGAAGCCGAGAGAGGAACCGUCUAUCUUCAUCCACGUGUCCCUGAGUGGGGCUUUGUUCCUGCUCAACUCCUCCUUCCUGCUGACCGAGUGGGGGGCGAGGUGGGACCCGGGCUGGGUGUGUGAGCUCAUUGCGGCCCUCGUGCACUACUCCCUGCUGGGCUCGUUCAGCUGGAUGGCGGUCGAGGGUCUGCACCUAUACCUGUUGCUGAUCAAGGUGUUCAACACCGAAUACAACCACUACCAGCUGAAGCUCUCUCUGUUUGGCUGGGGAAUCCCUGCUGUCGUCGUUGGUGUAACGUGGAGUUUGAAGGAUGUAAAACAGAUUUAUGGCUUGUCAACAUUAACCAUGCUUGACAGCAACCAAACCACUAGCAUCUGCUGGAUCACUGACAUUACCUACCUCUAUGCAACUAAUGUGGUGUACUUCAGCCUGGUGUUCAUCUUCAACUCUGGCAUCCUGCUGAUCUUGGCAGUUCGCGUCUGCUGCAUGGUGACCACUCCGACCAGGAAGGGGUUGGGAUGGCGAACCGCCACCACUGUGGCGGGUAUCACCUGCCUUCUCGGGGUCACAUGGGGUCUCGCUUUCCUGGGCUCAGGAUACGUCAACCUCCCCAUCCUGUAUCUCUUCUGCAUUCUCAACUCAACACAAGGUGCCUUCAUCUUCUUCUGGAUUCUUGGCUUAGCCAGGAUUGAGAGAAAGAGAGCCUUGGAGGCCAAGAACGCUUCGGUCUCUACCAAUGAUUCCAAAGUCACUAGUGUAAAGUGAACCUGAAAUAUAUACCUUAAUACCUUAAUAUACGAUUUGUUAUUCAAACAAUAACCUUUUUGCAGAACCUGCAAUUUUUCUAUAUAUAGCUUUAAUUUCUUUAUAUUUGAACCAUUUAAACAAAUUAUUUUAUUUUUUGUAGUAUGUAUAGGUAUAAUCUCAUACCAUUCAACAUGAAUAAAGUAUAAUGUUAUCAUUAAACAUGAAUAAAGCAUAAUCUCAUCACUAAACAUGAAUAAAGUAUAAUCUCACCACUGAACAUGAAUAAAUAGUCAAUAGUAAUAGA